CAGCACUCAGCGUUUUUCUUCUGCUCACCGGGUCUCCCCGCUUUGGAGAGAAAGGACGACUUGGAAGCACGCAGAGCACAGGCGGCGGCUUGUCUCCGCAAACCUCCGCUUCUCAUCCACGUAGGUGCUCACGCGAGCCCGCAUCGCGGCUGAUGACGCAGCAUACCAUUGUCGCGUGAAUUGCGAACACACUUGGGCCUGUGUCCCCUCAUCAGGCGCCCCUUGCGCCCCUUGGGUGCCCAGAUCUGCCUGCAUACCGCCCAUCUUCCUCAAGUAGAAGCCACUGCAAUCCUUGUCCUGUACUGUGCGGCAUGCAAAUCGCGACCCGGCCGCGGGAAACCCCAAGUCCCUCCUCGGCGGAUCCCGUCUCCCUCGCCUUGUGAACCGGCGCCACGGCGGCCAAUUACCGCCUCCGCGAACCUUGCGCGCGUCGCGCCCUCGGCCAGAGCCUUUCCUGCCAGGGCUCGCCAGUCCGCCGCCGAAUCGGCCCUUGAAAACGAACCAUAGACGCCUACAGCCCCUACGCCAACUCUUGCGUCGUCCAAUGCGCAUUCGCGACCAGCUGAAAAGGAGGGCCGGAGAAGCUGAAAAAGACUGGAAAGAAGGAGAAGAACCAUGGAGUCGGCUGGCGGCAAGCAGUCCGGCGACGGCAGCGGGGAUGCAGAUCGCAGGCAGUCCAAGGACACCAGCGGUGCGCCGCCGCCGCCGCACUCGGACGAGCAGUCCAAGACUCCCAAGAAGAGACGCAAGGUCAACCACGCGCCCCCGCGCUGCUCCUCCUAGCCUGUGUUUACUGCCGCAGAUCUGUAUGUCCUCGGUGUGUCCGGCGUCCUUCAAUGGCGCAGCGCAUCUCUCCUCCUUCCUCCAGUGGCAUGAAACGCCCUUGUCAGGAGCUCGCCGAAAGCAUGCCUCGCCCGGCCCGAAUUAUGACUGACACCAUGGAUUCUCUGGCCGCCUUUAGCAUAUGACUUGCGAUCUCGAGCGACCAUGCACCAGGUGUAUAAAAAGAAACAUCGGCCACCUCUGCCACGACGAGCCGCGCGAGCACGAGACCAAGAAGGCCAAAAGCAGUACCAUGGGUGCCUCUACCGUUGACGAGACCGAGACGCAGUCGGACAUGACGCAGAGCUCGGUGGCAGAUCAGGGCAUUGGCUCCAUGGGCCCUCCGCCGCCCUUCGACCACGGAAUGGACUCUGGGGGCGGCACCCAGGCCGGCAAACCGACCGGCUUUGGUGCCAUGGCCCCGUUGGGCCAGGGCAACCCCCUUCUCGUGCAACAACAAGCAUCACGAGUCAAUGUGGGGGCUCCAAGUGGUCUCGGCCAGUUCGCUGGGUUCUCAGACGCGUGGUUCAAUCAAAACCACUUCCACGAAAUGCAUAGCUACCAUCCCAGCUACAACCUCAUAACCCCUGAAGUGACCAACGAGUUCAACCUACUGAGCGACUUCCUGCACGGAAGUUUGCUGGAAGACGGGGCGCUGCUAGAUGACCAGAUGCAGGGCAUCACUGGGACCGAAUCGACCCUGGGAUUAGGUCUGCCAGGGAGAAGCGGCGGCGCCGACGCAGGAGCCAACAGCAUGUUGCCUCCAAGCGUCACGUCCAAGGACGCCUUGAUGAUCCCACAGGCAGACAAGGGCAAGGCCAUCUCCAGGCCCGGAAGCGUGGUACCCAUCGACAAGGCUCGCGAGUACUACCUCCAGGCGGCCGACCCAUCGGGCAACGAUACGCCCGAGGCGCGGAUGCAGCGGCUGCUCAAGGCCAAAUACGACGCGGGGCUGCUGAAGCCAUUCAAUUACGUUAACGGAUACGCGCGGCUGAAUUCGUACCUGGACAGCCACAUCGCGGCCUCGUCCAAGCAAAAGAUUCUGCGGCAGCUGGACAAGUUCCGUCCAAAGUUCCGAGAGAAGGUGCACGCGCUCACAGACAUGGAGCUCGUCUUCGUCGAGAUGUGGUUCGAAAAGACGCUCAUGGACUACGACCGCGUGUUUGCCAGCAUGGCCAUCCCUGCCUGCUGUUGGCGCCGAACUGGGGAGAUUUUCAGGGGCAACAAGGAGAUGGCAGAGCUCAUCAACGUGCCAGUUGACAGUUUGCGCGAUGGCAAAAUUGCACUGCACGAGAUAUUAACAGAGGAAUCGGUGGUCCGAUACUGGGAAGAGUUCGGCACCAUCGCAUUCGACCCGGCACACGACACCCUCUUAACAGCCUGCUCGCUCAAGAACCCGGACGACAAGUCGAAAGAGCCGCCGAUCAAGUGCUGCUUUUCACUUAAGAUCCGGAGGGACGAUCACAAGAUUCCAAGCUUGAUCGUGGGCAACUUUUUGCCCCACGACCCGCCUGACGACUAAAUACAGCACAUCUGUCCCGCUUGGGGGUGGUUAGGCUAGGGCCUAUAAGUGCGCUUAUGAUGCCAAGAAGUCCGUAGCAUCCUAGCAUAUCCGUAUAUCAAAAACAUGGCGUGGGAAGACACCUCGUGGUGUUUAAUCUUCCCGGUACAUUGUCCUGGUGCAGAGGCUACUCCAAACUCGAGCACCAUCAAGUAGGAGAGACUUUUGCCGCUGGCCUGAGGAUACAUGGUACCAAUAUCCUAUGAGUGCCAAAUAUGAGUCGAGGCAGCAUACCUACGCCUUGAGCAUAUCUGCCUGCCUAGACCUAUUUAGGGACUCUCUUUUAAAAGCAAAGCGACUGCCCGCACAGUUGAAUUCAUCCAUACUUUCUACAAAAGCCUUCUCGGUUUUUUUUUUCAGGUCAUGCUAUCCCCAGUCUCGUAUCCUAUCCAGGCAGUCGCGCUAGGAAUUCACAAUCGUGUCGCACCUUCCUCCCAACAAAGGCCGUGAUGAAAAUCCACAAUACGUAAUCCAUUGC